UGGUUUUACUACUAUGCCUAAGGAUAAAAAGAAAAGAACCAAAGCCAAUGAAUAUCAAGAAGAAGAAAAGAAGAUGUUAUUAUUUGUCAUUAUUGUUCCCGAUUAUUUACACGAAGAAACUGUUAUCGAAAUCAUUUGA